UUUAUAUUCUUGCAUUUUAUUAUUUUCAUGUUUAUAAAGCAGAAAAGUAAAAUUUUGAUUUUAUUUUUAGACACAGAACGAUCUAAAACUUACAGCAAUGGGUAAACGUAAAACCAAAAGAAAGCCAAAACCAAAGAAGAAAUUAGUGCUUGAUACUCACUUUGACUGUAUCGCCUGUCACCAUGAGAAAAGUGUCGACGUUAAAAUGCAACGUGAUGCAAAAGUUGGUAACUUAAAUUGUAGAAUAUGUGGUAUUAAAUUUCAAUCAACUAUAAAUCCUUUAAGUGACCCUGUUGAUGUAUAUUAUGAAUGGGUUGAUGCUUCACAAACAACCAAGCCUGAAGACUCUCGUGGUUUGUCAGACGAUGAAUUAGAUUAUCAUGACAAGGAUUUAAGAAAUAUUAGUGAUGGCGAAGAUGAUAAUAGACUAAGAGAUAGAGGAAGAACCUCAGAUUUUGGAGAGGAUGAUGAGGAUUAUGAUUAAAAAGAUUUUAUCAUUUAGUCAUUAGCAAAAAAAAAUUAAAUUUAUUUGAUUUAUUUGGUGGUACAGCAAUAUUAUUAUUAUUUUUUUCAUGGCUUGAGGUGAUAUCUCUCUUU